AUGCUAUUUAUCAGGGGAGGGCAACUUCGCGCUCUCCAGUGGCUUAGAGGAGCGGGUUGUGCUUGGAACUCGAACACGUGCUCAAUGGCGGCAGAGGGAGGGCACCUGGACGUGCUUAGCUGGGCCCGGGCUAACGGCUGCUGCUGGGACAAGGACGCCAUGACGUUCGCUCGAGAGAACGGGCACGGCCAUGUAACCCGCUGGGCGGCUCGAGCGAGACUGCUGGCGUGAGGGUGUGCUGCCCCGGGCGGGGGGAGUCCGCCUUUGAAGAACGUACUGCUGCAUGAGUUUGCGGCUUCCGGACGACCCUCAGACCCUCAGAAGUCAUGCCACGGAGUGAAGAGAUGCCUUUCUGCAAGGAAGGUGCCGUUGCCGUCGGUGGUUGGGUGGGUUUCGCAAACCAUCGGUUGCGGCGUGAGAAGACCGAAAGUGUCACUUUUCACAUACCUGAUGACAUAUUUCAUGUCGUUUCUCAGGGUUGAAUGGCGGUGACGCACAAGACCAGGAGGGAAAGGGAAAUUGUUUGACGUGGGAAUCGAUAUUCGAAGUCUUUAGUAACCUAGCGAGGGACGAAUCACUGCAUUUUUAGACGAAAAUGUUUCGUUCCGUUCCGUACUCUGCGGGGUGUCGGAUGCGUUGGUCAUCUCGUGCUCGCCGAAGAGACUGGCUAGUUGCAUAUGACGUCUGAUCGACACUCCGCAUGCAUGCAUUGCUCGUUGUACUGAUAUCACCUUGCUGCAGUGCGAUGUUACCUGCUGCAUGCGCCUGCCACACGUCGUGCUGGAUAGUAGACGGUGAUAUUGUACAACGCAGUGGUCUACCCCCAACCAGUCCGGAGGAGGAGCCUUUGCAAAACGCAUGGUAUUGGACGGCAUAGAUUCGUUGGUUGUGCGGAAAUAAGUGUCGUCGUCCGUCUCAGACUGCGAAUACAAGGAAAGGACCCGACCGCUUUAGCAUGGUACAAGUAGCGUUUUUUUCAGGUUUUUGCGUGCGGUCGAGUAUUGCACGGUUAUAAAAUGUCAAUUAUUCUCCAUUCGAACCUGCGUGCACUUCUUUUUUCUUUUUUUCGUAGCUUCUGCGGUACCGUAUGUUUUUAUGUCGAUCGGUGUGAAUAAAAUAUGAACAACGGCGAUGGUGGUGUGGCGUAGGCAAACAUUAAAAAUCUUCGGAAGGGUGUAGAAAAUGAUCGAGAUUGGUGAUCUUUUUAAGCAGAGCACAUGAGGGCACGAAUUAUUGCACGUAUUAAAAUCGGUGGGGGGUUGAUCAUGUAUUUGCACUAAAGUACCAAGUGUUAGAUGGGUGGGAAAUGAGUCGUGUAGUGGUGCAUGCAGUGCAAAGACGACCGAGUUCGGUGUCACCAUCACCCUCCCUCCUUGGCUAGGCUUUCUUCUGUCAUCAGGGUGGAGAAAGCAAGGAGUAGCAAUAUGGUUAUCGAGGCGAAAGAGGUCGGAUUGUUUCGUUGCGUGUUUGAACCUUAAGGAAUGUUGAAGAGGAACGGGGGAAAACUACUGGAAUACAAAGCUCUCUCUGGCUUAUUUCUUGUGUGAGAGGGGAUGCCGCUCUGCCACAUCCUUUAUACUUUAUGUUGUUUAUGUUAGACCACAGAAGGCGCGCCCCCUGGCGACCUAUCAUAAGAUCUGUCGCUAGGCUCGUUCCAAACUGCAGUUCCUCCAUGGAGGUAAGCCGACAUCGACUAUCAGAGUCAAAAGGUCUUUCUGUAUCUAAGCACCUGUUGGCUUCAUUCAGGCUAGCUUUCGCAUUUAUCUUUAUGCAUGGAGUUCCUGACUCUAGGUUCGUGUGGGUUGGGUGCAGUAGUAGUUGCUGUGUGGUGCGCGUGGGUGUAUGUAGGGGUGCAUGUUCAAGUCGCGUGUGGACCCUCCUUGUGUGACAGAAGGAAGUCUACACAAGAAGCGUGAUGUACAAUAGUGUUUUGUUCCCAUGUAUAGGUUGAAACGAUGAGCUCUCUUUGUCAGGGUACAUGUUGCUGUGAUUAGGAGGAGCUAUCUCUCUUAGGUCGACGAAAAAAACGAACGGGAGUGAAAACAUACGCGAUGGCCGGGGCACGCUGCUGUUUUGCAUGAUGCGCGUUCGUCUAUUUAUUCGUGUAGCCCACUCCUCCCACCUUCAUGGCGUCAAGUUGGUUUGGCCUGGUCGUCUGUAAACGUAACGGCAGCACCCCCUGAGUUUCUUUGCAGGGGGGGCGAAACGGUAGCUGAUUCGGGGGCUUCCGUGUUUGUUUGGGGGCACACCCACGGGUGUAACAACGUGAUUCAUGAUUUUUUUUUUUUCCGGCUUCGGUGUUGGAGCGAUGGACUCAAGUUCCCUCUUGGGGGGAAAAAUGUUUUUAUCGUGUGUUCCCUUCGGUACUUGUGCCCCUCAAAACGCCCUCACAAGCUGGGUUGAGGGGGGGGGUGUUGGCAUGAGCAGCGAUAAGCCCGAGAGAUGUAGCCCCCCCUCACGUUAGGGGCGCAUGGAAACAGAGCAGUGCAGGCGUACUCUACUGCGUGAAUUGGGCGAGCGAGUAGAUUCGAUCCUUGACUUGGUUGAAGAGUCCUACUCACACCUCCAGUGUAUAGUUUGGGGUUGGCCUGAUCUGCGAGGAGCACUCCCAUAUGGGUCGAGAGUAACAUCCUCAGGCCUGGUUCGUUCUUAGCCGAUUGUAAUUUUCCAAUCAUGCAUGUAUCAAUAUCAAUUAUGUAUGUUUGUGAUUUAUUUUUAGUUUAUGUUUCGAGUGAGGCGAUCGGUUUUACUCCCUAUAUUGCUGCUUGUUUGGGUGUUUUCCUUGCCUUGACACCCCUUGCGUGUUGCUACAAAGCAGUCUAGGAUCGCUCGCUUUUGGUGGGAGCAAUGCAUACUCUCUAUCUUCUAAAUGGACUGUUUGUUGUCUGUGCCUUGUGUAGGAUAGUAGAGCUCGUGAGCGCAAGAGAGAACAAACAGGUUCUUUGGCUCUGACAUGUACAGUACCGAAUAAACUGGAAAGAGGGCAGAACAACGGUGUGUAGUGCCAUGAAACAAAACAAGAAAUAACUAUCUCUUUGGGUCU